AUGAAGGGUGAACUUAUGGACGGAGCUCCGGCUGGUAGCAUUGGCAUGACAUCUGAUUCCGGAUUCACCAACGCGGACUUAUAUUUUCAGUGGCUGGUACACUUUAAGGAAUGCACUUCACCAAUACUGAUUAUUGACAAUCAUUCAAGCCAUAUUAGCUUGCAAGCUACUCUGUAUUGCAGAGAGAAUAACAUCGUUGUACUUACAUUGCCACCUCACAGUAGUCACAAUAUACAACCCUUGGAUAGAACCAUUUACAGUCCUCUAAAAAAUCAGUACGCACUUGAAGCUGAUAAAUGGAUGGCACAGCAUCCUGAUAGAUCUAUUAAUCAAUACCAAGAUUUCGGCUUGCUAUACCCGUUCCGUUACACGCUCUAA